CUAUGACUACUACUACGAAGACGAGGACGAGGACGACGACGACGACGACGACGACGACGAUGGUGGCGACGGUGGUGAAAACUGGACGACGUUGUUACUCACGGCGCUCACUUCAAUCCUCGCCGCGUGUCCGUCGACCCGGACUACAAUCUCGAUCUUUUUCUUCCCUUUAAUUUCUCUUACACCCCUUUCGCUUCCACUAGUAACCGUUACCAUAAUUAUCAUCGUCGUCAUCGUCAUCGUCAUCGUCAUCAUUAUAAUCGAUCAUCUGUCAUCGUUUAUCGUCCAAACUCGUCGUCAAAUACAACAUUCGCGCGUUUUUCCCAUAAAACAAAAAAAAAAACAAAAAACAAAAAAUCUCGGACAAUAUAAUGAAUCGUGUAAUGUUAUAAGUUCGUCGUGUCUUUUAAAUAUCGAUCUUAUCUCAUAAGUACGAUACGUUGUUCGUAAACGUUCGGCGUCCCAAGUUAAAUUCGGCGUACUCAAGGAAAAUCAACAAUUUCGUGACAACUGUUAAAAGGAUUCUAUGACGAAGUUUGACAGCAACAACGACGACGACUACGUUCGAUCGUUUAAGAAAAGGAUCGACGUGAUUUAUUUUGCCUAUCACGCGAUCAAGAUAACGGUUAUCCUGACGAGAUAACGCGCCAACGAAAAUACGAAGAAGAAGAAGAAGAAGAGAAACCGCGUGACCGUUCGAAUACAAACACAUUGACAUUUGUACUCGAUUAUAGAAAAUUUCUUCGAGAGAGACGAUAUUUUUCUCUUCCUUGUAUUUUUCUCUUCUGAAAAUUCGAAUGACUCGAUCAUCGAUAUUAACAAUAUUAAGUGACAGUAAGAAGAAAACAAGAGAAACGAUCGAAGAGAUAAAAUUUGAGAAGAAGAAGUCCAACACGUGUACGGACAAUGCCUUUGCAAAACGUCCGUCCUAAGACGGAAUGGAACUUUAAGAGGUGAACUUUCACGUGGCCUACUUCGGUAAAGUCCUUCGUGACUGGAGGGCACGCAAGAAUGUCCAAGAGAUGACUGGACAUUGAAAGAAGGUGCGGUGGCUCCUGAGUUUGCUGUCACCGUGGCUUCGUUUCGACGGAAUGGAGGUAAACGGGACUCAGAGUAGCCUGAACGGCACCGAGGUCAAUCGUACGACAGCACCAAUCUUCACUAUUGGCACCGACUUUAUUACCCGGUGGAAACUGAAAAGACAACGAGAACGUCUAUGUCGAUACGUAUACAAUCAGAUUUUGACAGCGGAAUGUACCCAAUUGAAUGGAACUUGGCCUGAUCCUGAGGAUCCACGUUGGAGUAGCGGUGAAUACGGGGAACUUUUGCCCGAAUGGUUUCCAACAAAUGCAACCAAUACCACGAUACCAGGAAACGUAACAACCCCGUCGUCAUUGGAUAUAGCACCUGCAUUACCACCCUUCGAGCUCUGGCAAACGGUCCUGAUAGCUAUAUGCUUAGCAAUAUGUAUAUUACUAACAGUGGGUGGUAAUAUUCUUGUAUUAUUGGCAUUUAUCGUCGACAGAGCCAUCAGACAGCCGAGCAACUAUUUCAUCGCGUCGUUAGCUGCCACUGACAUGCUCAUCGGUACAGUCUCUAUGCCAUUCUAUACGGUAUAUGUUCUAAUGGGCUAUUGGAACCUUGGACCUCUACUCUGCGACCUAUGGUUAUCCGUAGACUACACCGUCUGCCUUGUGUCACAGUACACGGUGCUUUUGAUUACGAUCGAUCGCUUUUGCUCGGUGAAAAUUGCUGCGCAAUACCGCAGUUGGCGAACAAAGAAUCGCGUCAUCUGGAUGGUUACUAUUACUUGGAUAAUACCAGCACUUCUAUUUUUCAUCAGUAUAUUUGGUUGGGAACACUUCAUCGGUUACAGGGAUCUCAAUCCGGGACAGUGUGCAGUGCAAUUUCUCAAAGAUCCAGUGUUCAAUACCGCUCUUAUAAUCGGUUAUUAUUGGACAACGUUAAUCGUACUUUUCAUUCUAUACGGAGGAAUAUAUAAAACCGCGUAUGACAUGCAAAAGAAAAGCGAAAUGAAGCAGAGAAAAAUGCAAUCGAUGGUGGCAUUGAGCGCCGGUGCCAUGUCUGGAAUGGCUGGUCGUGCAGCCGGUAUAGGUAUAUCAAAGACGCAAAGUACCUUGUUGAGUCAAGAUAAGCCUAGAGUGAGCUCGUCGGGGGGUCAAGAAGAUAAUACAGCUGGUGCCGAUAGCGGACAAAAGUCAUCCAAAGUUUCGGGAUCCGGUGGAACGGAGGAUGCCGCGGACAAGGUUACUUGUGCAAGUACAAUGCCUACGGAAACAGAAAAAUCCGAACGAUCUAGUAGCCCGGCCUUUGAUUCCGACGAAGAAAGUACCGUCGGACCAACUCAACAGUUGAGUAACGUCAAGAAACGUUCGUCUCUCGCUGGCUUGGUCGUCCAAUCUGGUGCGCUUCAAGUAUUCGCCACCAAUGGUCGAUUGAACGGCAUCGUACCUGUUAAGAUUGAAACAAACGUACCAACCAUGAAGAAAAUCUUACCGACGACUAGUCCAAUAUGCGAAUCCAGCACGAUGACGCAGAAAGGCCAAACACUGCCGAAGAUACAGGAGCUCAGUCUUCUGGAUACCGAUAAUCCCAUAGAGCCAGACAAAUCCAGUAGUCAAACAUUAACCCCAGAACAAUCAUUAAAAUCUAUCGACGUUUAUAGUAAUAAACAUACGACCACGUCGAACGAGGAUACCACGCCACCAGUUCAACAAAUAUCUUUGAACAGUUCUCAACAAAAUAUCAUACCACCCCCCACGCAAUUUCAAAGCAGCCCACCGAUAACAGAAAGUCCCUCGACCUCGUCGUCUGGUGAAAGACCGAAAUCCUUGGUCGUUUCCAGUCAUGGUCAAGGUACAUACGAUAUUUUAACUGGCCUCGACGGUGCCGAUUUAAGGUACAUGGACGAAAGCUCGGUCAUUCUUCCGAGUCCUUCCUACGAAAGUCCACCCUCAUCUUUCUCUUGUAGUUUAGCGAAUCCUCUUUCUACCGCACCGUCGUCGCCUAUUCUCUGCAACGCGAUUUCCACGGCAACUACGACUAGUUUGUUACAAGCUGCACUCCUCCGAGCGACUCAACAAGCUGGCACGAAUCAGAUAAAUUUAUCGAAUAAACAAACGCAACAGCAAUUACCAGUAAUGUCGAAUGCCUCAAGUCAAACACAUCCACCCCGUGUCUUUAUCACUCAACAAACUAACGCAGCAUCUCAAACAUCUCCUACGGUGAGUAAAGUGAAUACCGAAGUAACCGUCAAAGCUGAAAACAGUAAACGUCAACCGGUUACGACUGUGAUUAAUACAGCAAAAACCGUUGAGUCGUCGAACUGCACGACCGAGAGAUUUUCUGAUCAAACUACUGAAAGAUUAUCCGAUCAAGCGACCAAGAUCAGCAAUAAUCCACCACAAAAUUCAUCUUCUAGUAGUAUGGUACCGACGAUUUCUGGAACAGACGGACAAGAGACUAAAAAACAAUCGAAAAAGAGAAAAACUGAAAAUGGGGAAGAAGGUGGUUCCAGAAGAGACUUCGUCAAAACCAUCGGCAAACGAUUGAAAGCGAAAACUCAGAGAAAUCCGACAAUGGGACGGCAAAAGUCAAGAACGGAAAACAGAGCACGCAAGGCCUUCAGGACGAUAUCUUUUAUUCUUGGAGCUUUUGUUGCCUGUUGGACGCCCUAUCACAUUUUGGCUCUCGUCGAAGGCUUUUGUACGAAUCCUCCGUGCACGAAUGAACAUCUCUUCAUGUUCUCCUAUUUCCUGUGCUACGCAAACAGCCCUAUGAAUCCUUUCUGCUAUGCUUUGGCUAAUCAACAAUUUAAGAAAACCUUUACGAGAAUACUUAAAGGUGAUCUGCAUAUGACGUAAAUAAUGCACCGCGCGUCUCAUAGAUAAAAUAUUAUAAUAGUAUGUUGUACCUACUUCUACUGCUUGAGAAUAUGGUAUACGUUAUAGAAAAUGAAAAUGAAAAUGAAAAUAGAAAAGAAAAGAAAAGAAAAGAAAAGAAAAGAAAAGUAAAGAAAAAUUAAAUAAAAACUCGACUUUUUAAGGCCUUCCAUACCGCGUACCGUAAUAUUCCCACUUAUCGUAAUGGCGGUUAAAGCGGACAAUAAUUUAGUCAAAUGGCGGACUCGUGGAAAGAAAAAACUAAAUGAAUGUACUACGUGCUUCUUGUAUAUAGUUAAACAAAAAAUAAAAAGAAAAAAAAGCAUUUUUUUCGUUGACAUCGUUCGACAUCUAUAUAUUCGGGUGUACAUAUUGUAUAUGUGUGAAUAUUUGUUAAAAAAUUAUGUUACAAAAGAACAGAGAGAAAGAGAGAGAUAUAUACGCUGAGAUCUUAUCGCGUAAUGUAGCUUUUAGAUGAAGAAACUAUCGUAUCUCGGUAUCGAUUAAAAAAGAAAUAAUAAUUAAUUACGCCUUUGAUGUAUACUGUCAGUGUAAGCUCGAAAACAUCGACUUUUGCGAUGAAAGAACGACACGUGCUUUGAUAGCACAACAGAAAAGGGGGGAACGGAAGGUAUACAUAAUUAUAGUUAUUUCUUAAUUAAGACUGUACAGAAGAACGUCGAUACGUUGCCGCGAUGUUUCCUUGGUCAUGCGAUUAAAUAUCCUAAGAAGAGAAAGUAAUUUCAACGGAAAACCCAUCAUUUCGCGAGACAAGUCACAUUAUCAUUCUAAAAUACAUUUUUUUUUAACACGACCUGUCCGCAUCUGAAAAUAAAGAUCGAUAUAUGUACUAAUUAAAAUUGUUAGAGAAGCCUUGAAAUAUGCUAACGUUUAGUGCGAUAGAUUAUAUUUAACGAGUCUCUUAAAACAUAUGUUUAAUAAGUUUGAUUAAAAGAAUAUACACACACACACACACACACACACAUAUAUAUAUAUAUAUAUAAUUAUGUAUAAAACGGGCAUUUCGUUCGCCACAUGAAAGACAAAAAGUGAAAUAAUGCUUGAAAUAAUGAAUAUAAAAUAAUAUGUUAACCCUAGUGUGAGACGGUCCCUAUGCGUGCUAGUUAUCUCGUACCACCGAUCUUGACCGAUGAUGAUCGUACGCGGACCUCGAAAUUUAAAAGACGAAAAUGUUUAUCGUUUAACGGCGGAAGUGUAGAAAAAAGUCUAUUUAAAAACUUUCCUCUUCAUUUCUUUUUCUUUUUUUUUUAUUAUUUUCCAAGCAACGAAUUGGGUCAGAACAGCUCGUUUCGAGAAAGUACCGGGUGUUCGAGGAUUUCAUCGUGGAGCCAUAUUGGAUCCAGAUAUACACUGCCCUGGGGUGGCCUAUCGAUGCGCAGGCCUUUUUCUCUGACCUUCCUCGAAUAUAUUAUUUCAAUCGAGACGAGCGUAAGAGAUCGUUCGUUCGAUCAUCGAUCAACGAUUAUGCUAUCUUCUAUCCAAUCGUUACUACCAUUUUCAAAAAUCUUCUCUUACUAUCGUUACAUUACUUUUGGGAACGUCGAGGUCGGCUGUACAAAAGAAAAAAGAAUAAAAAAUGAAAAUUCGAUCAUUAAAAUAAAUAAAAUGGGAGAAGAGUUUUUGUUACAAGUCGCGCUUGUGUCAAUUGACAACGUAUUAUUUGAUUUUAUUCCUUUUUCAAAAUUCAAAUCUGUUAUUUAUCAAAGUGAUCUCCUUCCGAAAAGUAUAAGCCAAGAUAAGCUACGUUGUUAUACGUGUAACUGCGCUUGUAUAGAUAUUUCCGAUGUAUUGUAACAAAAAAAUCAAAAGAUAUACCCACGCGAUAUCGUGUAUUUCCGUAUAGCUUAUUUACUGCUACGCAUCGAAAUUUAAUGUUACGCGGAUAUAUGGAUGCGUGGUAUUCGCGGUAAGCACAAUAAGCGCUAAGUAAGCGCAAAAUAAGCUUAAAGUAAGCGCAGAUCCAUGGAUUCGUGGAUUCGUAGAUGCAUGGAUAUAAAUGGAUGAAUAUUUAUGACUAUGUGCAUGCGUGUAUGUUUAUGUGUGCGCGCGUGUGUGUUUGCGUGUGUGUGAUGUGUACAAGUGUACAUGGAAAACUUCACACUUUAUUGUGAUUUUCGUCAAUAUUAUUAAUUAUCAUUUCAUACAUGAAUGUAUAUCGAAGGAAAAAAAAAAAGAAACUAAUUAUCGUUAAGUUGUUAUAUUCUUACCGAGUGGGAAACGCGCUAACAAAUUUUUGGCAAAUUUGGAUAAAUUCCAAAAUUCACUGCCAAUGCUAAUAAGGUCUCAUUUCUUUUGUUGCGAAUAAAAACGCUCGAAAGAAUAUUUAAUAAAGAAUUUUUUUCAUGGACGUCACACUUCACAAAGCCAAAAGAAAUAACAUUAUAAUAUUAUAUUAUAUAUCGUAAUUUAAAUCGCUGUAUCGAUAAUACCUCAAAAGAAAAUCGCUUCCUCAUCUUCCGUUUAUCACACUCUAUUACUAAAAAUAAAUUAACUCUACGAGUAAUAUCGAAUAAAAUAAUCGCUUCUUGUACAAAGAUAUCAUUACAAAGAGAAUAUAGCGUCGCUUUGACGUUAUGUGAUGUAAUUAGUAUGUGUAUAGAGAGAGAAAAUUGUAUUAUGUACAACGUAGUGUUAUCAAUAACGGCGCAAUAUUUAGGGAAAUAAAAUAUAUAGCUAUAAUAUAUAAUAAUAUAAUAGUAUUGUUUUUCAAAUCGUCCUAAAAAAACGAUUAACACGAAAUAAUAAACCGCAUAAAGCCUAUGUACAAUAUUUCAAUUUCGACGAUUCGAGAAACCCUAGUCUUCGUACGUCGUGCUAUUAAUUACGAUGAUGCUUCUUUUUUAUAUAUAUACUUAUUAUAAAGCAAAUAUAAAUUAGGUACUUAUUGUAAAUGAGCAAAUUAAAAAAAAAAAAAGAAAAAAGAUACAAAAAAAUAAAAAGAACAAGAAAAGAAGGAUGCGCUAUUAACUGUGAGGGAUAUAAAAAAAAAUGUGACACGUACUCGAUAUUAUAAAUUAUGACUGGUACAUCUUAGAAAAUUCGACACGUUUCUAUUCUUCAUUUAAGAAAUAAAUUCCAUGGUUCUUGUUCACAAUUCUUAUUCACGUCCCCAAACAAAUGUUCUCUACCUCAAGACAAGAUACGUAAUAAGAAAGAUAAAAAAUCUUUUAAGUCGGUUUCGACGACCAAAGCAAUUCUGAUCGCAUAUCAAAGAACAAUUAAAUAUAUAUAUAUGUAUAUUUCGAUUCUCUUACGGGAAAAAUUUGUUAUUUCCUUCUAAGUGAUUUAUUACGAAUAUUUUUUUCAAAAUAUAAAAAGGAUGAAGAGUUAAUAUUAAAAUCGAGAGCAAGAACGUUAAUUGUUCCACAGCGCAUAUCUAAGUGAUGAUAAACAUCGUUAAUUCAUUUUCCAAUUUGGCCUAACGAUACGGAAACUCGUUUCCCCGCUAAUGAACUAAAGUAUAACGUAAUUAAUGAAUUAGCUGCUCGAAGGAUACCUUUUAUAAUAAAUUCGAGAAAACGAAAUUUUACAGUAUAUAAAGUAUAUAGAAAAUUGUAUUAACAUUAUUAUAUUUUAGAUUGAAUGAUCGAUAAGAGGAAUCGAUGCUGUUAGAAAUUUAGAAAUUGUUUGCUAAUUAUAGGAACAUAU